AUUUAAGGUGAAAAAGAAUUUUGUAACUGGCAGGUUGUUGUAACUUAAAAGAAGUGGUAAAUAAAAUCACCGGAUAAAAAGUCGCCUUUUAAAGUCAAGGACCACCACGCUACGGCGAUAGAAUGGAGGGUAGGCGGAGGACAUACAAUCGGCACGAGCGUCCACGAAACGACUUUAUGUCGGACUACGAAACUUAUCUUUGGGGCUCGAACCGCUAUGUUAAUUACAAUUCUUCCUCAUCGUCGACCUAUGGUGAAGGUUACGGAAGCCUGAAAGUGACCGGGAUUGACAUGAAUAUCAGAUAUAACACAGAGACCCACCGAACUAAAGACUUUGAUAUCACCAAUGCCAAAUUGUAUGACAGUCGUCAAGUGCUUGUCGUAAGACGAGGGCAGAAAUUCUACAUGAAGUUUACAUUUGACAGGCAUUUUAACCCUGAAAAUGAUGAUGUUCGAAUAAUUUUUCAAUUUGGAAAACGUCCACUUCCUUCUAGAGGAAGCCAUGUGGAGCUCAAACUUUCCUCACAUUCAAGUUACGGAGAGAGUAAGUGGAAUCUCAAUACUGAGUCGAUAGAUGGCGCGUCUGUGACGUUCAGCGUAGAUACUCCGCCUUCUUGCCCAGUUGGUAAAUGGCAUGUAAAAAUAGAUGUUCAACAACAUGGAAGAAAUGCAAAUUCAAAUGUGUUGAGAUUUGGUUACAAAUAUCCAAUCUACAUAUUGUUUAAUCCAUGGUGUGAAGAUGACCAGGUAUAUAUGAAGGAUGGCGAUUUACUGAAAGAAUACAUUCUGAAUGAAACGGGAAAACUUUACGGCGGAAGUGCGAAAAAGAUAACUUUUAUUCCAUGGAACUUUGGACAGUUUACAGGCAAUGUCCUUGACUGUGUGAUGUUUCUUCUGGACGAGUUAUCAAACCUGCCCGAUAAUAAACGAGGCGACGCUGUCCAUGUAUCUCGUGAAAUCUCGAGUUUGGUGAAUAGUAAUGACGAAAAUGGGGUCAUUAUCGGAAACUGGAGUGGUCACUAUGACGACGGAACUUCGCCGCUUGGUUGGACCGGAAGUGCGUCAAUUCUAGAUGAAUAUUUCAAAUAUAAGAAACCUGUGAAGUAUGGUCAAUGUUUUACGUUUUCUGGAGUUGUUACAACCGUAUGUAGAGCUCUAGGUAUACCAGCAAGAUCUGUGACAAAUUACAAUUCAGCACACGACACUGAUGGUAGUAUCACAGUAGAUACAUAUUUUGAUAGAAAUUUUGAAGAAAUUGGAGAGCUUAAUACAGAUUCUAUUUGGAAUUUUCAUUCAUGGAAUGAUGUGUGGAUGACUCGACCAGAUCUACCACCAGGAUAUGAUGGCUGGCAAGCUAUAGAUUCUACACCGCAAGAACAGAGCAAGGGAAUUUACUGCUUAGGACCGAUGUCAUUGAAGGCAAUCAAAAGUGGGCGUGUUUAUCUUCCAUAUGACGGUCCAAUGGCAUUUGCCGAAGUGAACGCUGACAAAAUACUAUGGAUGAGUUAUUCACCAGGCAAGCUUCGAGCUGUGAAGACAGAUAAAAGUUUUGUUGGAAAGUUAAUCAGUACGAAGAAACCAUUGACUAAUUCAGCAUCAACUGAUUGGAUGACUGGAUUAGAUAAAGAUAGAGAAGAUAUAACCGACCAAUAUAAAUAUUUGGAAGGUACAGAAGAAGAGCGCAUUGCAGUUGAAGAGGCCAAGUCGUAUAGAGCUAAUGAUGACUCUGAAGAUGACAAUAAAAAGGAUGUUGAAUUUGAACUCAGUGCUGACAAUAACACAUUUAUCGGGGAAACAUUACAAGUUUCACUAAAAGUAACGAAUCAGAGAAGCAAAAAGACAAGGACGGUUGUCGGUCUAAUUAACGUGAAGACCAUUUAUUACACGGGAGUCCCGUACAAAGAGGUAGUAAAGGGAAAACUCCCAAGAACUGCAAUCAGCGGCAAGGAUGAGAAGAUGUUCAGGAUAGACGUGCCAGUAAACCUUUAUUUGGACAAAUUAACAGAUCAUUUUUUCCUCAGUGUCACGUGUUCAUGUAUGAUUGAAGAAACAGAGCAAACAUUUGCCGACACUGUGGAAGUUCGACUGCGAAAACCUCAUCUUACUAUAGAGGCACCAGAUACUGGAUAUAUUGGACAGCCGUUCAAAGCUGAGACAACAUUCACAAACCCAUUACCUGUACCACUAACAAACUGUUACCUGCGAGCUGAAGGUCCCGGAAGACAGCUCCCUAUCACAUACAAGCUGCAGGGAAUUAAUCAAGGCCAAGCGGUGAAAAUUAUUGUGGAGUUUACUCCUGUCAAAGCUGGAGAAAAAGAAAUCAUCAUGAACUGUACGAGUGACCAACUGGCUAAUAUAAAUGCUACACGUCCCAUAUAUAUUAACGGAUAAAGCGGCAAAAAGACCAAAUAAUAUAAAAGUUUAUGUUCAUAAACUCAUAUGAAUAAUUAUGAUAUGAUGACCAACUGAUUAAGAUGUGAAAUAAUCAAAUAGAAUUAAUUCAUAUUGGCAAUAUCUAUUGGUUAUUCAAUAUUGAUACGUUUAUCUUUUGAAAUCAUUUCCCAUACAUGUAUGAAUAUUUAUUAUGAUUUAUAUAAUGUGCAAUAAACUCAAACACUACUAGCCUUA